CGCCCCGGGGCCCAGGGCGCGGGGCCGCCUCGGAGCCCGGCCUCUCCCCGCCAGAAGCCUUCCCGGCCCGGCCGCCGUGCAAGCCAGCGAGCGAGCGCCGGGCCGCGGCCGCGCCUUCCGCUCCCGGCCCGAGCGAGCCCGCCGCCCGUUCGUUCCCGCGCCGCCGCCGCCGGGCCCGGCCAGAGCCUGCAGCGGAGCCCACGAGAGUCAGCGCCAUGGCGGAGCAGACCUACUCGUGGGCCUAUUCCCUGGUGGAUUCCAGUCAAGUGUCUACAUUUCUGAUUUCAAUUCUGCUUAUAGUCUAUGGUAGUUUCAGGUCCCUUAAUAUGGACUUUGAAAAUCAAGAUAAAGAGAAAGACAAUAGCAGUUCUUCUGGGUCUUUCAAUGGCAACAGCACCAAUAAUAGUAUCCAAACUAUUGACUCUACCCAGGCUCUGUUCCUUCCAAUUGGAGCAUCUGUCUCUCUCCUAGUAAUGUUCUUCUUCUUUGACUCAGUUCAAGUAGUUUUUACAAUAUGUACAGCAGUUCUUGCAACAAUAGCUUUUGCUUUCCUCCUCCUCCCGAUGUGCCAGUAUUUAACAAGACCCUGUUCACCUCAGAAUAAGAUUUCUUUUGGUUGCUGUGGGCGUUUCACUGCUGCUGAACUACUAUCAUUCUCUCUGUCUGUCAUGCUCGUCCUUAUCUGGGUUCUCACUGGCCAUUGGCUUCUUAUGGAUGCCCUGGCCAUGGGUCUCUGUGUAGCCAUGAUCGCCUUUGUCCGCCUGCCCAGCCUCAAGGUGUCCUGCCUGCUCCUCUCAGGGCUUCUAAUCUACGAUGUCUUUUGGGUGUUUUUUUCUGCCUAUAUCUUCAAUAGCAAUGUCAUGGUGAAGGUGGCCACGCAACCGGCUGACAAUCCCCUUGACGUUCUAUCCCGGAAGCUCCACCUGGGGCCCAAUGUUGGGCGUGAUGUUCCUCGCCUGUCUCUGCCUGGAAAACUGGUCUUCCCAAGCUCCACUGGCAGUCACUUCUCUAUGUUGGGCAUUGGGGACAUCGUGAUGCCUGGACUCCUGUUGUGCUUUGUCCUUCGUUAUGACAACUACAAAAAACAAGCCAACGGUGACUCCUGCGGUGCCUCUGGACCUGCCAAUAUCUCUGGACGCAUGCAGAAGGUCUCCUACUUUCACUGCACUCUCAUCGGAUACUUUGUAGGUUUGCUCACUGCAACCGUGGCGUCCCGCAUUCACCGAGCGGCCCAGCCCGCCCUUCUCUAUUUGGUGCCAUUCACCUUAUUGCCGCUCCUCACGAUGGCCUAUUUAAAGGGUGACCUUCGGCGGAUGUGGUCUGAGCCAUUCCACUCCAAGUCCAGCAGUUCCCGAUUCCUGGAAGUAUGAUGGAUCCCAGACAGUGAUCAGAAUGGCCAUCUGAGUCCUUUUCUGUCAACGCGUGGUUUUGUUUCCUCUUAGAGCCGGCCUGGUACUUGGAGAUGUACCUGUAUAAGGAACUGACGUGUGACUGGAUUUUGCGUUUGCAGGGAGCUUGUUUGCAGGAGCAAGGUGCUGGAGCCCUGCUUCGUUUUUUCUCUUCCUGCCGUUGUAGAGGCGGAGCCCUUCCUGAAGUGACAGGCCCUCCCCAGCGCUCCUUCCUCCCCCGUUUUUAUGAAUCUGCACCAGACUGUUACCUGUGGGGGAUGGAGAUAUGACUGCUUAAAACUGACCAUGGCAAGGAGUCGAUCUAUACCUUUUGAACACUAAAAAGGAUGAAAAAUAUUAGCAAACCGAAGUUUCUUCAGUGAACCCUCAAGAACUUUGGGACCAGUUUCCUAUGGGGGACUCCGUUUCAGAGAACUGAGACAGAAGCUCUUCUGUCAUUAUAUUCUUUCCUUUUUCUGGAUUUAUUAAAUAUUUUCUGUGGUGUGAAGUGACUUAUUAAAAAUCCACAGACAUUGAGUGACUUCUUAAAACAUACACAUAAGAAUUUGUUGUAAUGAGUUCAUGUCCACCCAGAUGUUGUGUCGGCAGUGAACGAGGGCACGGUUUUUAUACAUACACACACGCACACAUCGAUAUAUAUGAAUAAACAGAAUUAAAACCUGCUAAGAUCAUGCUGUGUAGCAGACAGGGACUUGCUGUAAUUUUUAGCAUGUAGAGCAGUUUACUCCGGCUUUCUUGUAUAUGGAUACGCUGCUGUCUCUCCCCUCCACAACUGAACAUGCAGUUAAAAAACCAGUAUAGUAUUCAUACUGAUAUACUCAUGGACUUUCGGGGGCUCUUGUUUGGUUUUGAUCAGUGUAGCCAAUUAGGGAUGAAAAGUUCAAACUUUUUGGCCCUUUUUUUGUUUUGUUUUUACAGGCUUCUCCCUUGCAGGGUUUUUAGUAGUUUCUUCUUGAACCAAUGCAUGUAAUAUAGCAGCAGGUGUCUUUGUGCUUUCUGAUCAUAGUAAUGUACUACUUGUAAAUACAUUUUUCUAUUUUCUA